AUGAUGUUCAGAACCUACGGUCGCCGGGGUCGUGUCUUGGGCCGGAGUUGCUCGUCCAGUGGCUUUUCCGAUGGAGUUUCGGGAUCUUCUUCCCAAGAAUUCUCGCAGGAUGUUUACGAUUUCUCGUUUCCGUCCGAUCCGUACGAUUUCGACCCGUCUCAUGAUUCGGGGCGAUCGGCGGCGUUUCUGCGGCCAAGGAAGGAAGGGGAUGAGUUUCGGAACUCGAAGAAAUUGAAGGUAAUUGGAGCCGGUUCAAGGGCCUCCGAUGAAAAUUCUUUGCAAGAAUCAAAGAAAUUCGGGAUUUUGAGGAUUUCUGGUGAAGGGGGUUCGCAGAGAUCGAGGGUGAUGAAGAAGGAUGGGGACUUGUGGGGAUCGAGGAAGUCCAAGAACGUUGAUAAUGGUUCUUAUGGCUUCAACUCGUCUCAGGAGUUGAGUGACUUUGGUAUUUCUCAGUCAAGAGAUCCCGAAAGUCAAGGUGAUGGCUGGGAUCUUGGUGGGGAUUUUGGGAAAUCUAGGAAAAGGGCCAGGGGUGAGGUUAAUCCAGAUCCAUAUGAUUAUAAUUCAUCGCAGGAGUUGGAGGAACAUGUGGUUCCACCUCAAAGCAAGGUCAGGGAUGAUAAGGUUUUUGAUUUCACAGAGGAUGGGGAUUUAUGGGAAUCGAAGAAGUCCAAGAAUCUCGAUCUUGAUUCAUUUACGUUAGAUUCCUCUCAGGAGUUGGGUAAUUUGUGUACUUCUAAGUCGAGAAAACAUGAAAACAAUGGUGAUCAUCGGGGUUUUGGGGGGGUUUCUGGAAAAUCUAAGAAGAAAAAUAUGGAUGAGAAUGGGAAAUUGCAUAGGAAAAAGAAUAAGAAAAAGAUGAAGUCAAAGGAGUCGGAGCCAAGUUAUGUUGAGCUUACUGCUACACUUAUGGAGACUCAAGAGUCUGGGGAGAUGAUGGAGCAUGAAGAUGAGGUGAAUUUUGCGUUGGAUGGGCUGAAGAAGGGGCAACCAGUGGCAGUUCAUAGGGCGAGCCUUCUGUCAUUGCUAACAAUUUGUGGAACAGCGCAGCAGAGGCGGCUUUUGAAAGUGCAUGGGAUGGCGGAAAUUAUCCUUGAUGCUGUUUUGGGACUCAAUUUUGAUGAUAUGCCAUGUAACGUUGCUGCUGCAGCUUUAGUUUAUGUUCUGACGGUUGACGGUCAAAAUGAUUAUCUUCUGGAUUCACCAAGCUGCAUCCAUUUUCUAAUAAAAAUGUUGAAACCACUUUCACCUAGCGUUGUCAAGGAAAAAGCUCUACCUGUUGGUAGCAAGCUUCUAAGCCUGUGCAGGAGUGUCGGUUUGUUACAGGAACCAGCCAAGGGAACAGAUUCUAGCUCUACAAUCAUGCUCCAGGUUCGGGAGAUCCUUGUCAAUUGCAAGGAAAUGAAGUCAAGAGAUGACAGUCAUGGUGGGGAAUGGUCGGAGAAGAGCCCUACUUUUGCACUGGAUUCAAGAGAAAUCUCGGGGCUAGAAAGCCUAGUACUGCUUUUAAAAUGUCUAAAAAUCAUGGAAAAUGCUCUUUUCCUUAGCAAUGAUAAUCAGCGCCAUUUACUUGAGAUGAAAGGAAGUUUUGAUGGUCAACGAGCUCCCCGUUCUUUCACAAAGCUUGUUCUAAGUGUCAUUAAAAUUCUCUCAGGUGUUUCAUUACUGAGGAACUCUUCACCAUCCAAUUCCAAAGAUGAAAAGGUGGGCUGUAUUCCUUACGAGGGCAAUCAUUUCGAAGGCCUUUCUGGCUUAGGUUUAACUUCUCAGGAAAGUUUUACCCAGCUCGACGUGAUCAGAUCGAGUGCUGGACCCACUCAAUGUUCCGCUGAUGCCCUGUUGCUUAAGCUGAGAGCCGAAUCCUCCAAAUCAGGAAUGUGUGGCGGGACAUCAAGGGAAUCUGAUAGGAUGGUCCGCACGAGUGGUUAUUCAGGAAUGGACGGUCAGGAUCCUUUUAUGUUUGACGAGGAUGACUGUGAGCCCUCAAAGUGGGACGUAAUGUCGGGAAGCUCGAAUAAGCCGUUGUCCCAAGGUAAGAGGCAAAGUGGGAGUCGAUUUGGAUUUGAGAGUCACCCUGUUCUUGUGGCCAGCCAGCAAGAAUCGAAUGAUGUAGGAUAUCGUCAUUCGCAGGAGGCUUCUUGUUCUUCGGCUGUUGACGCUGAUAAUAAGUCUCUUGGCGGAUUGUCUACUCACGGCUGUCAAGGUUCUUAUGAACUUGACGAACGACAACGCUGA